UGAGAGUGGGGGAGGUUUGAGAGGCGGGUGUCACACAGGACAAGACAAGAUUAAACAGAAACGUGGUUUGACCAAACUCCUCCUCGUCAUGUGACACUGACAAUCCCAUAAGCCUCAGAGGUCACAAUGAAUAACAUUACAUUAUUUUAUCCACUGUGCAGUCUUUUAGGUAACUUUUAGAUCUUUAAGAUAACAGUUACAAACAAGUUAUUUCAUCAUCUUUAUCAGGCCUAACUGACCAUCCCAAAUUGUGCCAACAGAGUCUUAUUUUUGUGUUUUUUGGAUGCAUUGUCAUCAUUGGAAUAAAAACGCCCUAUUUAUUUGACAAGUACUGUUAAGGGAGACCAUUGGCUGUCUUUAACAGCCUGCUUGGGAGUAUUAUACAAUGCAGAAGAUUUUCAAUCGCAACAAUUCCAAAGAAAGUGCAAAACCGAAGGGUGUACGAACGAGGAAGAUACCUGCAAAAGAGGCUGAGGAGGAAGAAUACAAUUUGGAGUAUCAGCCAACCAUCACAAGUCCCAAUAAUUACCACUCUUUUCUCAAACUUGUUCAUACCUCGGGGAGUUUCAGUGACGACGAAAUAAACACCGAUAAAACUGUGGAAGGAUCAGAGGACGUAGAGGAUGCCAUGAACAAAAUGGCGGAUCAGAAGAAGCAAGACGACCACUUCUACGACACUGCCGAACUUGCCACCCCAGAUAGCGGUAUCGCAGACACAUCGCCGACUAAAGAUCCUGCGGAAGUAGAGAAAGAGAAGGAAGAAUGGAGGGUAGAGCUGGCAAAGACAGAGGAAGAGAUUCAGACAUUGAGAUCAGUCCUCGGUGCGAAGGUCCGCCAUGCUAACGAGCUGAAGAAGAAACUUGGAAUCACGACGCUGCAGGAGUUCAAACAAGAUGUCUCCAGCACGCUGACCAGCAUUCGGGAGUCUGACGCGUACAAAAAGACGUCCGAGAAAGUGCACCAACUCGAAGACAAGAUCACCCACUCUGAGACGUACAAAAAGACAAAUGAGAAAUUGCACCAAUGGGAAGAUAAGAUCACGUCGUCGGGAGCCUACCAGAAGACGAAUGAAGCUUUCAAGAAUGUCGGCACCAAAGCCAGUCAGGCUGCCAAUGCUGCAGGAAAGAAACUGUCAGACCUAAGGAAUUCCCAGACCUUCAAGUCAAUAGAAGAGAAAGUGGGCUCUGCUUACAGUAAUGUCAAGGCCAAAGUGACCGGCAGUAAAUCAGAGACCAAUUUUGACGAAGCCUUGACUGACACAGCCACUGAACAGCAAGAGUCUAACGGCACGGGCCCUGCGCCUGAGACCAAAGUCCCACUGUAGAUGGCAGCACUUCUGAACAGCAACCAAGAUAAGACAGGGUCAAAGUAACCCUAGCUGCACCUUUCAUUUCACAUGGAAUAUUGAGCUGUCAACUCAGUUAGGAACUUGAUUUGUGAAAACUAUGGGAGGUUUCUGUAAUUAACAAUAACAUGUAUGAAAUAUUAAUUACUCCUUUUUUUCUCUAAAUGAAGUUUUAUUCUCGUGACAGUAGUUAUAAGCACCUUUACCUAAUAUUUUGCUAUACAUUGUUGCUUAAAAAAUUAUAUUGACAGUUAGAAAUAAUCUUGUAGUUUUAACUUUUGAAGUAUAUUCAGAAUGGCACUACUUUCACUUGGAUAAUCAUUGACUCUCCCAUGUUUAAAUAAGAAAUCUAAGAAAUAAAUUCAUAGGUACAUCAUGCAUUAGAUAUCAAGCAUUAAUAUUAUUGCACAUGUACAGAGUGCUAUUGGGGGGUAGUAGUAUAUUUGUCAUUGUUAAAAGAUUUAAUGUGAGUUAAGGAUUUAUUGCCUUGUUGGGUAACAUAGAUAUGACUGCCUUUUUUUGUUUCAUUUUUUCUCUUGUUCUAUGAGUUUAUUAUCCCCACAUGUGCUGAAAACUUCUGAAAAGUUGUGAAUACGAAUAUCAACAAUUACAUUGUAUGGGGGCCACAUGCUUGUUUGUGAUUUACAAAUAUUUCAUUGCAUUAAUCAGAAAUUGAAAAUGACUGCAAUUUAGUUUCAUUAAGAG